GAAAGCGAGGAUGGCAUGGAAGGAGACGCUGUGCUCUCGGAUUACGAAAGCGCGGAAGACUCGGAGGCAGAGGAAGAGGAUUACAGCGAGGAAGAAAGUGCCAAAGUGGAACUGAAGCAGGAUAGCACCGAUUCCUGCGAGUCGGCGGCAAAAGCGGAGAAAGGGGAUGAGAAACCUGACCCCAAAGGUGCCGUAACCGGGGAGAGGCAAAGCGGGGACGGGCAGGAGAGCACCGAACCCGUUGAGAAUAAAGUUGGGAAAAAGGUUCCCAAGCACCUGGACGACGAUGAGGAUCGGCAGAACCCGGCUCCGGCUUACAUCCCGCGCAAGGGGCUCUUCUUCGAGCACGACCUCCGAGGGCAGACGCAGGAGGAGGAGGUCAGGCCAAAGGGUCGUCAGCGGAAGCUGUGGAAAGACGAGGGCCGCUGGGAGCACGACAAAUUCCGGGAGGACGAGCAGGCCCCCAAAACCAGGCAGGAGCUGAUCGCGCUUUAUGGCUACGACAUCCGGUCAGCUCACAACCCCGACGACAUCAAGCCCAGGAGGAUGCGCAAACCGAGGUAUGCCGCAUCCCCGGAGAGGGACCGAAACUGGACCAACAAGAGGCCAAACAAGCCCCCAAGGCACCAAGGUGCGGACAGCAGCUCGGCUCCCCCGCGAACCUUCAGCAGCAGAAGCUCCGCGGGCACGGGGAGGAUGCCCCCGCCUAGGAACUACCCGAGGAUGGGGGGCUACAAAGAGACCCGUCCAAGCUACCGAGGUUCGGAAGCGAGCGUCCAGCACCUCUCCCGAAACGGCGAGCAAGCGAAACAGGAGAACGGCUACCGAGGGAAGCGCGCCGAGCAAACCCCACCGAGAGACGAGUCACCCGAGGUGGAGGCNNGGGCGUUGUGGAAACCCAAACCCCCGGCCGCCGACGCGGCGCAGCCGCCGCCGGACAGACCGGUCGAAAAGAAGUCUUAUUCCCGGGCAAGAAGGACCAGAAUCAAAGCUGGGGAUGCAGGGAAGCUGGCAGACGAAGUGCCCGCUUCGGAAGGGCUGACUCCUGUGCCUCCAAAACCCGUGCAAGCCUCCCCCCCGCCAGCCAAAAGCAGUAACUGGGAGUCGCCGGUGGAAUCCAGCUUGGACGGACUCGAGCAAGAGAUGACCCAAAUGAAUCUCACGGAGCAGAACUGGGCGCCGGGGCAGUCGCCGUUCAUACAGCCCCGGGAGCUGAGGG